CCGGAAGUCACGUGUGUAUCUCCGGAGCGCGCUGUUUGUCACAAAGUCGUGUAUUUUAUCCGGAGAUAAAAGCGAUAAAAGAUAUUAAAGAUAUCAAACAUAGAGAUGUACGAGCCGGAAGAAGAUCCGCAGUACGAAGAGGAUGAUGAUGAAAUCACUCCAGAUUUGUGGCAGGAGGCGUGUUGGAUCGUCAUCAGCUCUUAUUUUGACGAGAAGGGUCUGGUGCGGCAGCAGCUGGAUUCGUUCGAUGAGUUCAUCCAGAUGUCUGUUCAGAGGAUCGUGGAGGACGCCCCCCCCAUCGACCUGCAGGCUGAAGCCCAGCACACCUCCGGAGAGGUGGAUGAACCGCCUCGCUACCUGCUGAAGUUCGAGCAGAUCUACCUGUCCAAGCCCACUCACUGGGAGAGAGACGGAGCGCCGUCACCCAUGAUGCCCAACGAAGCCCGGCUCAGAAACCUCACUUAUUCGGCCCCGCUGUACGUGGACAUCACAAAGACCAUCAUAAAGGAGGGCGAGGACCAGCUGCAGACUCAGCACCAGAAGACCUUCAUUGGUAAAAUCCCCAUCAUGCUUCGCUCCACCUACUGUCUGCUGAGCGGGCUGACGGACAGAGACCUGUGUGAACUCAACGAGUGUCCGCUCGACCCCGGGGGCUACUUCAUCAUCAACGGCUCCGAGAAGGUGCUAAUCGCUCAGGAGAAGAUGGCCACCAACACGGUGUACGUGUUUGCUAAGAAGGACUCAAAGUACGCGUACACAGGCGAGUGCCGGUCCUGCCUGGAGAACUCGUCCCGGCCCACCAGCACCAUCUGGGUCAGCAUGAUGGCCCGCGGAGGACAGGGAGUGAAGAAGAGCGCCAUUGGUCAGAGGAUCGUCUCCACGCUGCCCUACAUCAGACAGGAAGUGCCGAUUAUCAUCGUGUUCCGGGCGCUGGGCUUCGUGUCCGACAGAGACAUCCUGGAACACAUCAUCUACGACUUCGACGACCCGGAGAUGAUGGAGAUGGUGAAGCCGUCUCUGGACGAGGCCUUUGUGAUCCAGGAGCAGAACGUGGCACUGAACUUCAUCGGCUCCAGGGGAGCGAAGCCCGGCGUGACCAAGGAACGCAGAAUAAAAUACGCCAAAGAAGUCCUGCAGAAGGAGAUGCUGCCACACGUCGGGGUCAGCGACUUCUGUGAGACCAAGAAGGCCUAUUUCCUGGGGUACAUGGUGCACCGGCUGCUGCUGGCGGCUCUGGGUCGGCGGGAGCUGGACGACAGGGAUCACUACGGCAACAAGAGGCUGGACCUGGCUGGGCCGCUGCUGGCCUUCCUAUUCAGAGGCAUGUUUAAGAACCUGCUGAAGGAGAUCAGGAUCUAUGCACAGAAGUUCAUCGACAGAGGGAAGGACUUCAACCUGGAGCUGGCCAUCAAAACCCGUAUCAUCUCGGACGGCCUGAAGUACUCUCUGGCCACGGGGAACUGGGGAGACGUGAAGAAGGCUCACCAAGCCAGAGCUGGAGUGUCUCAGGUGUUGAACCGCCUGACCUUUGCCUCCACACUGUCUCACCUCCGCCGACUCAACUCUCCCAUCGGCAGAGACGGAAAGCUGGCCAAACCUCGACAGCUGCACAACACACUGUGGGGGAUGGUGUGUCCGGCUGAGACGCCUGAGGGCCACGCGGUGGGGCUGGUGAAGAACUUGGCCCUCAUGGCCUAUAUCUCCGUGGUCCAGCCGUCACCCAUCCUGGAGUUCUUAGAGGAGUGGAGCAUGGAGAACCUGGAGGAGAUCUCUCCAGCGGCCAUCGCAGAUGCCACUAAGAUCUUUGUGAACGGCUGUUGGGUGGGGAUCCACAAAGACCCCGAACAGCUGAUGAACACACUGAGGAAACUCCGCCGACAGAUGGACAUCAUCGUGUCUGAGGUAUCCAUGAUCAGAGAUAUCAGAGAGCGAGAGAUCAGGAUCUACACGGACGCCGGACGCAUCUGCAGACCGCUGCUGAUCGUCGAGAAACAGAAACUCCUGCUGAAGAGGCGACAAUCGACCAGCUUGAAGGAGCGCGAGUACAACAACUACAGUUGGCAGGAUCUGGUGGCGAGCGGCGUGGUGGAAUACAUCGAUACUCUGGAGGAGGAGACGGUGAUGCUUGCUAUGACCCCUGAUGACCUCCAGGAGAAGGGCGUGGCUUACUGCUCCACCUACACUCACUGUGAGAUCCACCCGUCCAUGAUCCUCGGAGUGUGUGCCUCCAUCAUCCCCUUCCCCGAUCACAACCAGGUACCCCGGAACACGUACCAGUCUGCUAUGGGCAAACAGGCCAUGGGAGUCUACAUCACCAACUUCCAUGUGCGAAUGGACACGCUUGCCCACGUGUUAUACUACCCUCAGAAACCGCUUGUCACCACCCGGUCCAUGGAGUACCUGCGCUUCAGAGAGCUGCCUGCAGGUAUUAACUCCAUCGUGGCAAUCGCCGCAUACACGGGGUACAACCAGGAGGAUUCUGUGAUCAUGAACAGGUCCGCUGUGGACCGGGGCUUCUUCAGGUCUGUUUUCUACCGGUCCUACAAAGAGCAGGAGUCUAAGAAAGGUUUUGAUCAGGAGGAGAUCUUUGAGAAGCCGACCCGUGAAACCUGUCAGGGUAUGAGACACGCGAUCUAUGACAAGCUGGACGAUGACGGGUUGAUUGCACCCGGCGUCCGUGUCUCGGGAGAGGACGUGAUCAUCGGGAAGACGGUGACGCUGCCAGAGAACGACGACGAGCUGGACAGCGUCAACCGGCGCUACACCAAGAGAGACUGCAGCACCUUCCUGAGGACCAGCGAGACCGGCAUCGUGGACCAAGUGAUGGUGACCCUGAACCAGGAGGGUUACAAGUUCUGCAAGAUCCGGGUGCGCUCCGUCCGGAUCCCUCAGAUCGGAGAUAAGUUUGCCAGCCGACACGGGCAGAAGGGAACGUGUGGGAUCCAGUACAGACAGGAGGACAUGCCGUUUACCUGUGAGGGAAUCACUCCGGACAUCAUCAUCAAUCCUCACGCCAUUCCAUCCAGAAUGACUGUGGGCCAUCUGAUCGAGUGCCUGCAGGGCAAG